GCAGCAGGGAUGGAUGGAUUCAUCCGCAUGCAGCAAUACAAUGAUGCAUGUCUUGAGCCGUUGGUGGCAGGGGCUUCACGCCCAGCAAGCCGUGGCCACUCGCGUGGUGAUCCCACAAGGCAAACGCUCCCAGGUUUUGUGAGGAGGAACGGACCCACCUGUCGGCGCCGACUGUUGUGUGAGGAGAUGGAGAUGGGACCACCACGCGAGCGGGAUGGCUGGAGAUGUAGCGGGGCCCACCUGUCAGCACCAAAACUAGGCUGGAGAGGACGGUGAAGAAGCUGAGGUUGACGAGGGCGCUCACGCUCCCGGAGGCCACCGCGGUGUCGGAGGCGUGCCGAAGGAUGGCGGCCAAGCGCGUGGACGCCGCGCUGCUCACCGACUCUAACGGAAUGCUCUCGGGCAUUGUCACAGCGGAGGACAUAGCAGGACGGGUGAUCGCUGAGGGUCUCAGGCCUGAAGAAACAAGUUUGGUGAAGGUGAUGACGCGGAACCCAGUUUUUGUUAUGUCCAAUUCAUCGGCCAUUGAGGCACUGCAGAAGAUGGUCCAAGGCAAAUUUAGGCAUCUUCCCGUAGUGGAGCAUGGUGAAGUCAUCGCCAUGUUGGACAUUACGAGGUUCCUUUAUGACGCAAUUUCAAGAAUGGAGAAGGCUGCGGAACAAGGCAGUGCAAUAGCAGCUGCUAUGGAGGGGGUUGAGCGACAAUGGGGAAAUGACUUUCCAGGACCACAUGCAUUCAUGGAAUCUCUUCGAGAACAGAUGUUCAAGCCUUCAUUGUCAACUAUAAUAACUGAAAAUUGCAGUGUUCCAGUGGUAUCUCCUACAGAUCCGGUAAUUCUAGCCGCCAAAAAGAUGAGAGAACACCGAGUUAAUUCGGUGAUUGUCAUGACAGGGAGCAUGUUGCUAGGAAUUAUCACUUCCAAGGAUCUGGUUUUGCGAGUAGUGGCACAAAACUUAUCCCCGGAGGAAACUCUUGUAGAAAAGGCUAUGACUGCAAACCCUGACUGUGCUACAUCGGACACAUCAAUCCUUGACGCUCUGCACUCGAUGCAAGAUGGGAAAUUUUUGCAUAUUCCUGUCAUAGACAAAAAUGGACAGAUUGUUGCCUGUUUGGAUGCUCUACAGCUAACCCAUGCAGCCAUCUCGUUGGUUGAGGGAGCCUCUGGGGCAAAUGAUGUGGCAAAUACAAUGAUGCAGAAGUUUUGGGAUUCGGCUCUUGCCGUGCAUCCUGCAGAGGAGUCUGAUGCUCUUAGUGAUGAGUCUCGUAUGGUGGCAUCAGACAAUGCUGAAGGGAAGCAUAUACAUCCUCCUCAUGUUAACACUUCAUUCUGUUUUAAAAUUGAAGAUAAAAAAGGGCGUAUGCACAGAUUCAGUUGUGUUUCAGAAAGCUUAGAUGAGCUUCUGUCUGCUGUAGCAUACAGAUUAGGAAUGGAUAAUGAAAAGUCGAACAUUAACCUUCUGUAUGACGAUGAUGAAGGUGACAGAGUUCUCCUGAGUACUGCCAGUGACCUUAACGCAGCAAUCCAGCAUGCCAAAUCCGCUGGGUGGAAGGUUUUGAGGCUGCAUAUGGACACGUCCGAGGCCAGGACGGAAUCCACAGUGUCGCUUGUAGAUCCCUCAACCGCGCAAAAACGGCGGCCGUCUCUCCGGUUCGGCAUCGUGGUUGGCGCGGUUGCUGUCGCCAGCGUCGGGGUGAUCGUCUACUUGAAGCGCUCUCAGCUCUGACUCCAUACGUACGUGCUCACGUCCACACUGUAAAGAUUAUUUGUCCACAAAGGUGAAACACAGCGUGUUUGUAUACUUCGAGACACACAAGUCACGUAACAACAAUAAGGCGUGAUUAUUUUUUCCCCUUCUUCCCCUUUCACAUGCCAAGCGUGUGCAGUGUACGCUCGACAAAAGUAAUUCUGUGUGUAAGUACUAAGUAGUGUUCCUAGGGUGUUCAUAAAAUAAGCAAGUCAAGCCAGCUUGCCAUCUUUUGUACCCUGUAACUGCAACAGAUGCUCUAUUAAUUGGUGUUUGUUUUGGAAAUUCUAAGAAAAUAGGCUAGCUUUGUGCUGU